AUGAAGGGGAAGCCACCUGCGGCGAAGGGAGCGGAGUGGGAGGAAGUGGUCUCCGAAGGCGGAGGUCAGCCUGGUCGAGGUUUUGGAGGUCAAGAUCUCCACGUACCCAACAGGGAGCACCUUCGGAAGCCUAUGAAAUGCAAGGAUUGCCUGAUUCAGGACCCUCCACAUCUGGUGCUGGCCCAGGUGGCACUGCAGAUCAAGAAGGCGAUCGACGUGGUGCAGGGCGCCGAGUUAAACACCAAACUUCUGUACCCAUUGGAGACCUCACGGACACCCAUCACUGGAAAAAGCAUUGGAACACGCGCAGCGUCUCCUCAAUUUCCUUUACCAUCUUCACAAGGGCCCAUACAGCAGUAA